AUGGCUAGUGAGCGGUUGAAAAGAUACUUCGACUUUUCUUCAGUUGACAAGAACCGAAUCUGUGGUCAUUGUAAAUUAUGUGAUCAAAAAUACAAAGAUAAAAAUGGAAUUUUUAGUAAUUUCUUAAAGCAUUUGAAGCGAAAACAUUUAUCUCAAUAUGAACUACAUUUUUUGAAACAAGAUGAAGGUUUUUCAGAAAAAGGAAGCAUUGCAAGUAACGAUCAAUCAACAACAGAAUCAUCAACAAAUACAUACAAACAAUAUCGAAUUAAUAAAGCUAUUGGUAAAUAUUUGAUUAUAAAAUGCAAUUUACCAUUAAGCUUAGUUGAAAAUAAUGCAUUUCGUGAUUUUAUGAAAGAAUGCAACAUAAAAUGGAAUCCAACGUCGGCUAAAUAUUUGAAACGACAUACAAUUGCUAAAUUUACAGAACAAGCAAACAAAACCAUUCGUGAAACAUUAGGUGCUAUUGAUUACUUAACAUUGACUGUUGGUGGAUGGUCUGAUAGAAAAUGCAGAUCAUUUUUAGGUAUUACAUGUCAUUUCAUUAAUUUCAAAAUGCAACCAGCAUCAUAUUUAAUUGAUUUUGUUCGUUUAAAAUCUCCUCAUACUGGUGAAAAUAUUCAUCAAGCAACUGAGUGUAUUAUUGAUCGUUUUAAUGUUAAAGAAAAGGUUUACAAAAUAGUCACUGAUAAUGUCUCAUCCAUGAUGAAAGCUUACAAAUUUGGUUUAACCGGCGAUGAUGAAAGUAAUGAUAAUGAUCGUGAAAUUAAUUUAAUAUCAAACGGAAACACAGCUUUGAACGAAUAUGACGAGGAUAUCGACACGAAUAGUUUUCAGUUUAUAGAUAUUCAGCAUUACGAUGAUGAUAUUAUUGGUUAUGAUGAAUGCCAAGAUGUACGUUUAUCGUGUUUCGCGCACACCUUACAAUUAAGCAUUCGUGAUGGAUUAAAAAAAUGCUCCUUAUGUACCUAA